UAAAAAAUCAGGUGAUAUUUGCUGUUCGUCAAGAAUAUGUCGAGCUUGGAGAUCAACUCCUCUGGCUUCGAUCAGGAGAUGAAAUUGCCAUUAUCCCCCCAAUUAGUGGAGGGUAGUAGUGCUUUUGAGCCACUUGGGAAAGUUAUGAAUGAAGUUGAAGAGAAAUCUAAAGAUAUAAUAAAAUUCACUGCUGAGAAACUUUCAGUAGAUGAGGUCUCACAGCUGGUGAUUUCUCCACUCUGUGGUGCCGUAUCCCUAUUUGUAGGGACGACAAGAAAUAACUUUGAAGGGAAAAAAGUCAUUAGCCUCGAAUAUGAAGCAUACCUACCAAUGGCAGAAAAUGAAGUCAGAAAAAUUUGUAGUGACAUGAGGCAGAAAUGGCCGGUCAAACACAUAGCAGUGUUCCACAGACUGGGCUUAGUUCCAGUGUCAGAAGCGAGUAUAAUCAUUGCUGUGUCCUCGGCCCAUAGGGCUGCAUCACUCGAAGCUGUGAGCUACGCCAUAGAUACUUUGAAGGCCAAGGUGCCCAUAUGGAAAAAGGAAAUGUAUGAAGAAUCAUCAUCAUCUUGGAAAAGAAACAAAGAAUGCUUUUGGGCAAACAAUGAUUGAAUCAUUUAUGUUUUAUAAUACUGAUAUUUUAAUCUGGUAAACUUCUAUUUUUGAUCACAUUUUAUUUUUUUCUCCCUAUUUAAGGUUUAUUGAAGCACAAUCUCUUAUGUUGCACUAAUAGUAUAAAUAGAAAAGAAAGCAAAAUAAGUGGUAUGUAGCAUGAAGGCUUACGCAGGAGCCAGAGAUGUAGGAAAGGCUUGAGGGAAGGAAAUGAAGAGUAAUUAAAUGUAAGGAAGGAUGCCUGUGGUAGACCUACUAGUCCAUGACUGAGUUCUGAUUGAAACUUGACUCACACUGAAGUGAAGCCCUUUCCUCACUGACUUUGUCUCCAAGAGAGCCUCCCACCCCCGCCCUGUCCCCGUAAUCCAGUGAUGUGAUUCUAUCAGGGAUGCAUUAUGGGUAUGUUGGCAAAACUGGAAGGUAUAAAAAUUCACUAUCAGAUAAUCUUGAUAUAUUUUUAGAAUUUAUAUAUUUAAAAAAUUAAAUAAAUACACAAUUAAAUUUAAAAGCAGUGUUUUCCUAUUUUAAAAAAUUGAGUGUAAUACCUAAAAUAUUUCAUGACAUUUAUUGUAUUUUAGAAUCUAUUACCAUAAUAUUUAUGAUAUUUUAUUAGUUUAUUAGUAUUGUAUAAAUAUACAGAUUAGCAUCAAUUUAUAUAAAAUCUGACAAACUAGUAAUAAGGCUGUGUUAUCAUGUUGAUGUUUAAUAUUUGAUCUUUAGCCAAUUAAAAAGGAGAAUUAUGAUUAUUAGAGCAUUUUCAGGUAGUUUCCUUUUUCAUAGUUUAUGCCACAUCAUUACUGAAAUCAUUAAUAAUUAAAUUUUCUGUAAGCUCUUUAUAUGAAACAGGGUACAAUUUUUGUUUGGUCACCUAUACACUGUCUUCAUAGAGCUGAAAUAUAAGUUCCAAAUAUAAUUCUUUUUAAUUUUUAUUUUAAUUUUAGGGUUACAUUUUUGCUCUUAUGUGCACAUAUUCCAGUCUCCCUCCACCAAACUGCUGGUGUAUAAUUCUUAGAGUAAUAAAAUUUGAGGUAGUUUUAGGCAACGGACACUAUAAAAUUUAAAUUAUGUAUAUUAGGAACCAAGACCAUACUUUUAGACACCUUAUUUGUUAGUAAUAACAUUACAUCUAGUGAAAUAUUUUUUUAUCUAAAGAAUUCAUAUUUUCAAAAAAUAAACACCUGUUGUGUGCUGGGCACCCACCUUAUCCACCAACCCUAAGUCCAUAGGGGAGAUUCUGCAUCCUGCCUUUGCCUAAAACCUGCAGGACAACCACAAUGUUAGGAAUCGCCUGGUUACUUGGUGCUUAUUCUUUUGCUAGAUCAGAGAGAGGAGGUCAGAAGGUUCCUGGGAAGGCACCUGUAUCUCCAUAACAACUCUUCUAACUGAAAUGGGGCUGCCUGUCUGGUCUGAGCCUUAUCCUCUCUAAACUCAAUGCCAACUCAGCGCCACCAAACUUUUUAGCCUGCCUCUAUUUGAGAACAGGGGUUGAGAAUACAGGCAAUUGCAUUAUAUCCCAAAGCUCAUUACUGUGGGGUUUCUGGCCCACCAUAAAUAUCCCUAGGAUUUUGUAUCCACAUUAAUAAUGUGAUGUUUAUUGUCAUGUAUGUUAAUACGAGAAAUAGGUGGAUUUCACGAUUUUUCUUCUCAAGUAUUUCUCUGGAGGAUCUUUAUUGCUAGCAGUUACAAUUUUAAGGAACCUGAGACAGUCUUUAACUGUUUUUAGAGAAGCAUGCCUUCAUUAAGUAGGUUUAUUCUAAAUCUGUGAAAGUCUAUUAUGCUUAUAAGUCUGCAAUACAGAGGUUAAGCAGUUAGUCUGGAACAUUCCUGAAAGGCUUUAGUGCAUUGUAUUGGACUUAAACAGGGCCCUCAUUGAUCCUUACUUUCUUUGGAAUGGCAAAGUUAGCUGGUGGUUUGUGAAAUUAAGGAGCUAGCUUCACUCUGCUAUGCCUUUCUACCUAUAACUUGGAAACUCAAAUAAUCACAAAAGCAAACUAAAACCAAUUCCAUUUUAAAGCAAACUGCCUGCAAAGUUUCAAGUCACUUUGGAACUGUGACUUUUUGUGAUGGUGAGGUUAAGUUCAUUCAAGAAGUAGGAAAUUCAAAUUACUCUGCUGCAACUAUUUUUCAACAGGUAGCAAAAUGAAAUGAAUUUUCUCUUCCUUGAAUAAAACUAACAGCAGAUGGUCAAUGAAUGAAAUGUUUUGUGAUUUUUGUGGAUAUUUUUGUCUUGUGGAUAUGAUGUUUAGAUCACAGCAUAUUUUCAGUACAAGAAAUAGUAGUGAAGAAGCCAGGGGUCUCAGAUCCCCAAAUGAAGCUGUGGGAAAAUCAGAAGUGGAUUCCUGGAUAUUAUCUUGACUGAAACACCUUUUCCUUUCCUGGCUGGCACACCUGUCAUCCAAGCCGCCUCUGCAUUAUCUUGGACUGUUGCUGUGACUUGUUGACUGUCUCUUGCUGCCGCUUCAUCUCCCACUUAGGUCAUUUCAUCAUCCAACUCAGCUGAUCACAUCCUAGAACCUUAAAGUCCUCACCAUGGCCAAACCUUCCACAUGGGGCUCCUGCCUGUCCCUCUCACUCUCUUGCCCCAGGCUUGCUGCUUUGCUGUGGCCAACUUGUGGCCUGUUAUUUUGCUUUAGAGCUCUUAACCCAUCCCUUCUUCUAAGAUGCUCUUCCUCCAGAUAUUCCCCUAGUCCGCAUCUACACUUUACUGAGGAACUAUUUACCUCUGAGAGCCUUCUGUGACUAUCCUAUUUAAAACUGGAAUCCUAUUCUCUUACCCUGCUUUCUUUCUCUUUAUGGCACAACUGCUCCCUGAUACGCUGCAUCUACUUGUCUAUCACUAGACUAAAUUUCUGAGGCCAGGGGCUUUUAUCUCAUCACAAUGUAACCAGUACAUGCCUUCAAAAGUACAGUAGGUGUUAAGUAUUAUUUUCCAAAUAAGCACACCUGGCCCAUGUCGCCUAGUUGUAGUGUUUACAGGUGCAGAAAAGUAUCUGUUAAAUGAGUCCGUGAGUAGGCACAACUUCUCUCCAUUCCUUCCCAGUUCCCAUUCUGGAACAUCUGGUGUGUUGGGGACCUCUCUCACCAGGGCCGUAUUUGUGUGAUGUAGAGAGGCAGCUCACCCAGCAGAGGGCAGUAGAGCCAAUGCUCUAGUCAGAGCUGCUGGAGUUGGAUUUUAGUCUGUUACUUUUUCACAACUCCGAGGUCAGUUCCGUCAGUAACCAUUCCCUAUACAGUACACUAGGUUGGGGGGAACCUCCGCUGACAAUUACUCCUGAUUUUGUAUAAGAUCAGGACUUGUAUAAGAUGAUUUCCAAUUUUCAAUUGGUAUCUUUAAUCCUUUAAAGUACUAAGGAUUAAGAUUCAGGGGUUUUUUGAAAAUGCUAUUUGUAGUUUUUAAAAGGUCAUAGAGUAAAAGGAAUUACUUUUUUUAAAAUGAGUAAAUGUGAAAAUUAUUUUUUAACUUAGGAUAAAUUGGUAGCUUGAAAACGUGUCUUUAGCCGCAUUCCCUCACCUACUCUGAUAAAGCUGAUAUGGAAGGGGAGGUGUGAUGACCGACUGUAGGGUAAGUGAAUUGUUCAGGCUUUCACGCCGCUGGCCUCUGUGGCUGUCACUUGUGGCCUUGAAUGUAGAAGGCACUUGGGAGCGUGGGCGUGGGGCAUGCAUGCCUGAUGAUAGACACCUGGUCUGUGGGGUGGGCAUGGGUAAGUGGGCACACCGGAGGCUGAGGCUGUAAGGGCUGUAUCACUCAGAGACAGAAACCGCUACGCAAAACGGCUGCAAGCAGAGAACGGCUAAGAAGAUGAGCAACGGCUACUGCAGGACCACUCAACGAUGCCAGAGAGAGCCCAGAGAGAAAGUAAAGAUUCACUGGGAUCUGGGGAGCUUGGUUGA